AUGGGUGCGCCGCUCCUGGUGAUGGUGUUGUUCAUGGUCGCAGCCUCACGGGUCACAUCGUCAGCUGUUAACCUAGCGGAGAACAAGCCAACAAACCAAUUUGAUGACCUAGAUGGUGUUGACAGAUCUCACUAUGCAGUGGACGGGGAUCGGGGACAGAUGUACCACGAAGACGGGUGUACGCAUACUCUCUUCAACGCCCAGGACACCUCCAACAACAACUGGUGGUCGGUUGACCUUGAAAGUAACGCACGUGUGGCGAUGGUUGUGCUCUAUAAUCGUGGAGACUGCUGUGGGUCCAGAUUAGCUGAUUUCGACAUCGUUGUUACGAAAACGGCUCCAGUGAAAGGCCAAAAACUCGAGUACACCCCCUCCGAUGUUUGCUUCCACAAAGAUGGCGGACUUGAGACAGGAGCAGUGCUAACUGUCCCAUGUUUGAAGCGUGGCAAAUAUCUGGCAGUUGUGAGAUCAAGGGAGGAGCCGCUGACGUUGUGUGAGGUCGAAGUUUACGAGGCUCCACCUGGUUAUGGUCACCGUACUGGAGACUGCAGUGGCAGCGACAUCAAGAAAGUUGAAGGACCAAGUGUUGGCGAGUGUGCGAGGGAGUGUAAUCUAUUAGCCAACUGUAAGGGCUUCAUGUUCAACGACCAGGGCACCGGUAGUUACUGUUGGCUGAAAAGUGGCGAGUGUACAACACUGACUUAUACGAGUACCACCAAUUACCACUUCUUCAGCAAAAUAGAUAUUGAGCUGGUUAAGUCACCCGAUGGACAUUAUCAAAUCACAAGCCUCGACGAUGCAGAGGAUUACUGCAGUAACUAUGCCCCAGGUUGGAAGGUGGCGUCCUACGCCGAGAUGAUGGCAGCAUUCGACUUGGGCUAUGAAUAUUGUAGCUGUGGAUGGCUUUCUGAUGGCAGAGCUGGUUAUGUUAUGCAGGAGUGGCGCACUGGAUGUGGUGCUCGAGGUUACAGCUUCUGCGGAUCCAGGGGGCGCUACAACACUUAUUGCACCUCCGCAGGUAAGGAAAAACAAAUAGCCUCGUUUUAA